AUGGAUAUUCAGCAGCAGUUCCCCGAUGUACACUGGCUCUGGAAAGGGGGUAUCUCCUUUGUGUAUGAGGUCCAUCCUCAUGUCGUGGUCAAAGUUCCAAAAUCUGGCGAAUUUGAGAGAGAACAAUUCCAGAAAGAACUCAAGAUCUAUGAGAUCUUUUCUCGACAUUCGCCCUGCCCUUCUAUAGUUCAGUGUUUCCUCUAUACAGAUCAUGGCAUCUUUCUUCAGUAUAUGCGAGAAUCCAUGAUAACCAAACUCGCGACCAGCAAACAGAAGGUUUUGUCAAUUCAAGUUCAUAAACUGGAGCCUCUGCCCUUACGAAAGGAAUGGAUGAACGAUCUUGCUCAAGCCGUUGGUUUUCUAGAAUCGCUCAAUCUUGCACAUGGCGACCUACGACCCAAAAACAUUCUACUUGAUCGGAACCGAAUAAAACUGUCUGAUUUUGAUUCCACAGCUGAAAUUGGUUCAGAUUUUGAAGCAUGUAUGGCUCCGUAUGGAAGAAUACUCAACAGCGACGAGCAGGAUCAGGGACCGCGUGGGGGUUUUGGUUUUCUAGGUCCUCGAACCGAACAAUUCGCCUUGGGUUCCUUGUACUAUCUCAUAAACUAUGGCUUUGAAGUUUAUGAAGAUCGGCAACUUACAGAGGACCGCAAAGAGCAUGGAUGCAAAGUUGUGGAUUUACUGCAGGACAUGGAAUUUCCCAAGUUAGAUGGCGAUCCGUUGAUUGACGACAUUAUCACAAAAUGUUGGCACAACAAAUAUACCACGAUUAAAGAAUUGUCCGCAUACACAGAGACGCUUCUUCCCGCAAGACAUAAUUGCCAAGACGACUCGGCAGAGGAUUUAUCUUUCAAAAAAAAAAAAAAAUGUCAAGACCUAGACAAGCGGGGGCUUCUUCAAAUGCUUUAUUUGGGAGAGCCAGAGCAACUUGGAUUCAAACUCAAGUGGUAUAGAGAUACCACAAAUUGA